UGCGAAUUUUCACACACAACAUCACCCAGUCAAAAUCACACAGAAAACGAUCAUAUAAACACAUAUAUACAUCCAUACAUAUAGAUUUAAUUUGAUUUGAUUUGAUAUAGAAGAUGAUGACUGCAACAGUAGUAGCAUCAUCAGAGGUGACAGUGGUCAACGACGUCGUUUCUCACCUCCAGGAGAAAAGGUCAGUACCUGAAGCAGGUGUUGACCCGCAAACUUUUCCAAACAUAAGAUCAGGUAGCUAUGCGGAUAUCGGGCCUCGAAGAUCAAUGGAAGAUGAACAUAUAAGAAUAGAUGACUUGUCUCCUUAUAUAAUGGGUUCUUCUGUCCCAAACCCGACUGCUUUUUACGGAGUAUUUGAUGGUCAUGGAGGACAGGAAGCCGCGGCUUAUUUGAAAAAUAAUGUGACGCGUUUAUUUUUUCAAAAUGAGCAAAUUUAUCAAGGAGAUGAUGUUGAAAAGUCUCUUCGGGAAGCAUUUCUUUUGGCGGAUUCUGCUUUGGCUGACGAUUCCAGUGUUGGCUCUUCUUCAGGGACUACUGCGUUGACAGCUUUAUUGUUAGGAAGGCUGCUUGUGGUAGCCAAUGCAGGAGACUGUAGAGCAGUUCUUUGCAGAAAAGGAGAGGCGAUUGAUAUGUCAAAUGAUCACAGACCAACUCAUCCUACAGAACGAAGGCGUAUAGAGGAACUUGGAGGGUUUGUUGAUGAUGGGUAUCUUAAUGGUGUUCUCUCAGUAACCAGGGCGUUAGGAGAUUGGGACAUGAAGUUAGCUUUAGGGACUGCGUCGUCACUAAUAGCAGACCCAGAAAUUCAACAGAUGAUACUAACGGAAGAUGAUGAGUUCCUCAUACUUGGGUGUGAUGGGAUUUGGGAUGUACUAUCAAGUCAACAAGCGGUUAGUCGGGUGCGUCGUGGCUUACGUCGGCAUGAUGACCCUGAGCAGUGCGCUAAAGAUCUUGUCAGGGAGGCCUUGCGUCUCGGCACCUAUGACAAUCUCACUGUCAUUGUUGUUUGUUUUACUUCCAUGGACUAUUUCAGAGAUACAUCACAACAUAAGUUGAAAUGCUUCAGUAUCCCCACACAGGCAUUCUGCAGCUUCAAGAAUUUGCGGAAAAAAUGAUGAGUGCAAAAAUGUUUGUAGAUAUACGAGUGAAAAAUGAGUUGUUUAGCCUGGAUCAUGUGAUCCGAGGCAUUUUUGUUGUAUGUACAUUAUGGAAAAGUAUCUAAUUCAACCACAAGCACAUUCACCA